CACCCGUAACUCCAAGCAGAUGGAGGCGGGCCGCGUUAACGGGACAAUCCAGUACUGUGCCCACACUAACUGCUGUGCCGGCUUCUUCAAGCUUAUCAGGGGCCAGCCAGUGGCAGAACUACAAGGUGAUAUGGGUCCACAGACCCUUCAUACACCAGACACAAUUAGACCAGAUACCAGAUUGGAAAUUAAAGGCACAAUGUGAAAUUUCAACAUCCUGUCCCUGCCUCUUUGCUCGAUAAUCUGAGGAAUGGGGCAGGGGAAAAGUAACCACUCUCCAACCAAUUCAUAGACAGUCUAAAAUAAAUCCAAAUAGCUUAAAAUGUGGCAUUUAUUGACCCCUCUGUUUAUCUGUCAUUCUCUAUAGGUUGCAAUCCAGUAGUCGGUGACUGCCCAGACAAUGCCUGCUUUACGUCAACCACCAACUAUAACUACAUCACAUGUGUGUGCAACUCAAACCUCUGUAAUGGCAACAUCACCUGGAACCCAGAAGAGAAGCAACCUCAACUCAAACACUCCUCUUACUUUGUGGGUAUGGAUACUUUUUUUGUUUACUUGUGAUAUAAUAAUCUACACGCCUAAUAACGUUCGUGUUAACGUGUGUUUGUGAUUGCAUCAUUAUUCAUUUCCCUGUUGUCUGCCCAUUCGCCUUUGUGAGAUCACUCCCAUCCACUCCUCUUUUCUGUUCUGUUGUUUAACCUUGGAGCCAAAGCCCAGCGUGUGAAGUCCCCGUCGCCUCACUCCCUGUUCCUCACACCCCGUCCCCACACUCCCUGUUCCUCACACACCCUACACCCACACAGUCACAGACGGGCAACACACAGACACACAAACACGACAUCUACUCUGAUAUAUAAAGACAUAGCAAGGUGUCAUCCAUAUACUGUAUGCAUCUAUCGCUAUGUCAUCCAUAUACUGUAUACAUUUAUCACUAUGUCAUCCAUAAUGCAGAUUUGACCUACUUUACAUUAAAAACAUGUACUUUAUUCUGUUACUGUACUGUGUCUGCAGACAUGGUCAGUGCCACUGUGGUUGUCAUUGGGAUGUUACUGUGUACCCUAGUUGUGGCGGUUAAAUGCAGGCAUCGUUUCAGAGGUUAUGGUAAGUUUAUGUUUACACAAAUAUGAAUUUGGUUAUAAUAUAACACAUCCCCUUUGAUUUCAACUUAUUCUACUUACCUAACCCUAACCCUAACCCUAACCCUAACCAUAACCAUAACCCUAUAAUAUAAACUGAACCAAAAUAUAAACGCAACAUGUCAAGUGUUGAUCCCAUGCUUCAUGAGCUGAAAUAAAAGAUCCCAGAAAAAAAAAAAAAACGUAUUUCUCUCAAAUUUUGUGCCCAAAUUUGUAUACAUCCCUGUCAGUGAGCAUUUCUCCUUUGCCAAGAUAAUCCAUCCACCUGACAGGUGUGGCAUAUCAAGAAGCUGAUUAAACAGCAUGAUCAUUACACAGGUGCACCUUGUGCAGAGACAAUAAAAGGCUACUCUAAAAUGUGCAGUUUUGUCACACAACACAAUGCCACAGAUGUCUCAAGUUUUGAGGGAGCGUGCAAUUGGCAUGCUGACUGCAGGAAUGUCCACCAGAGCUGUUGCCAGAGAAUUUAAUGUUCAUUUCUCUACCAUAAGCCGCCUACAACAUUGUUUUAGAGAAUUUGGCAGUAUGUCCAACCGGCCUCACAACCGCAGACCACGUGUAACCACGCCAGCCCAGGACCUCCACAACUGGCUUCUUCACCUGCGGGAUCAUCUGAGACCAGCCCCCCUGGACAACUGAUGAAACUGUGGGUUUGCAUAACCGAAUAAUUUCUGCACAAGCUGUCAGAAACCGUCUCAGGGAAGCUCAUCUGCGUGCUCGUCGUCCUCACCAAGGUCUUGACCUGACUGCAGUUCGGCAUCAUAACGAACUUCAGUCGGCAAAUGCUCACCUUCGAUGGCCACUGGCACACUGGUGAAGUGUGCUCUUAACGGAUGAAUCCUGGGUUCAUCUGUACCGGGCAGACAGCGUGUAUGGCGUCAUGUGGACGAGCGGUUUUCUGAUGUCAACGUUGUGAACAGAGUGCCCCAUGGUGGCGGUGGGGUUAUGGUAUAGGCAGGCAUAAGCUACGGACAACGAACACAAUUGCAUUUUAUCGCUGGAAAUGUGAAUGCACAGAGAUAUCGUGAUGAGAUCCUGAGGCCCAUUGUCGUGCCAUUCAUCCGCCGCCAUCAUCUCAUGUUUCAGCUUGAUAAUGCACAGCCCCAUGUCACAAGGAUCUGUACACAAUUCCUGGAAGCUGAAAAUGUCCCAGUUCUUUCAUGCCUGCAUACUCACCAUACAUGUCACCCAAUGAGCAUGUUUGGGAAGUUCUGGAUCGAGCUUCCCAAACAAGCUCUGGAUCAACGUGUUCCAGUUCCCGCCAAUAUCCAGCAACUUCUCACAGCCAUUGAAGAGGAGUGGGAGAACAUUACGCAGGCCACAAUCAACAGCCUGAUCCACUCUAUGUGAAGGAGAUAUUGUAUUUAUUUAUUUAACCUUUAUUUAACUAGGCAAGUCAGUUAAGAACAAAUUCUUAUUUACAAUGACGGCCCACCCCUGGCCAAACCCGGACGACGCUGGGCCAAUUGUGCGCCGCCCUAUGGCAUAUGUAGUGCUGCAUGAGGCAAAUGGUGGUCACACCAGAUACUGACUGGUUUUCUGAUCCACCUACCUUUUUUUUUUUUUAAGGUACUGUAUCUGUGACCAACAGAUGCAUAUCUUUAUUCCCAGUCAUGUGAAAUCCAUAAAUUAAGGCCUAAUGAAUUUAUUUCAAUUGACUGAUUUCCUUAUAUGAACUGUAACUCAGUAAAAUCUUUGAAAUUGUUGCUUUAUAUUUUUGUUCAGUGUAGAUUCUAUAAAAUUCGACUCAUUAAAUAUAUCCCUUGUAAUUCUCAUAAGUAUAUUAAAUAUAUAUAUAUAUAUAUAUAUAUAUAUAUAUAUAUAUAUAUAUAUAUAUAUAUAUAUAUAUAUAUAUAUAUAGUAGAUAUAGAUAAUCUCUGGCUACUAACAGGUGCAAGACACACAAGAAGAGUCCUCUGUUUUAGACUGCCAUUAGAGUUGGAUAAAACGUCCUUGGUGGUGGGGAUUAUCAAGAGUUAAUUAAAGAGUCUAUGUGAGAUUUGGUUCUGGGUGCCGAAAUUACAUUGAGAUGAAUAUUAUGAAUGAUUCCAUUGACCUACUGAUUUUAAACCUCUAUAUAAAUAGUUAUUUCUCUUUACUUACAUGUUCUAUUCUUUGUGGUUUUCAUUGUAGACCUAUGACUAACUGGAUUCUCCUCCUCCUCCUCCUCCUCCUCCUCCUCCUCCUCCCCCUCCUCCUCCUCCUCCUCCUCCUCCCUCCCUCAUACCUCCUGUCCUCUGUUGUUCACUGACCUUGGUUUUCCUCCGACCACUUUCACUCCCGUCUUUCAUUUCUUUUUUCAAUCUCGUGAUUUCUUAUCUUCCUUUCCUUUUGAGUCAUUCCUGAAAUUCCCACUGACUGACUGACUGACUGACUGACUGGCUGACUGGUUGACUGACUGGCUGGCUGACUGACUGGCUGACUGACUGACUGGCUGGCUGGCUGACUGGCUGGCUGACUGACUGACUGGCUGACUGGCUGGCUGGCUGACUGGCUGGCUGGCUGGCUGACUGGCUAACUGGCUGGCUGGCUGGCUGGCUGGCUGGCUGACUGGCUGACUGGCUGACUGGCUGGCUGACUGGCUGGCUGGCUGACUGGCUAACUGGCUGGCUGACUGGCUGACCACCUGCCCGCCCCAACACUAAUGCAACACAGUAUCAGUUUGUCACAUUGUCUAAAAUGUUAUGAGUUAUUUGUUUAUACUGUAUUUCACCAUAGGGUGAAUCCUAACCUCCUCAUGAAUCAAACGUUUACUUAGUUAUACAUUGAUGUCAAUGGGAGAGUAAGUGGAAAUGUGACUAUAUGCUAAGUUAGGAUACACCCAUGCAUUAACAGUAAAUGGCUUAACAUGAAUUCUCUCCACUCGUCUCUUAGAAGAGAAGCAGCAUCUAUCUUUGCCAGAGGUAUCUCUGACCUCACUGUGCUCAUGCCACAUAUCAAGGCAGUCUGAUAUUGACCUGACCAGCAUGGAACUGCAGCAGGAAAGGAUUUACUCUUACAUAUUUCAUUCUGUGAACCUCUUCUCUUCCCGGCACAUUUCAGAUUGAUUGAUUGAUUGAUUGAUAUUUCAGAUUGUGGGUCGUGGUCACUCUGCGUCGGUGUGGCAGGGCAGCUACCAAGGGAAUACGGUGGCUGUGAAGGUUUUCCCUUCCUGGUGCAGACGGGAGUUCACGGCGGAGAGGGAAGUGUACGGACUACCACAUCUGGUGAAUUCUGGGAUUGCUCACUUCCUGGGAGCCGGCAGGAAGUCAGAUAGCGGAGAGUGUGUGGUGGUCCUGGAACUUGCCUCAUGCGUGAGUACCACUGUUUACACAGAGAGACAUACAGGUUCAUACAUGCUUAUUAUAAAGCCUUAUCCCGGCAUGCUUUAAUACGUAGUGUUACCAUAGUAAUUAUCUGAUUCUCUAGCUCGCUUUGACGUACAUACUCAAACAUUCUGCUUACUGUCCAAAGUAGACAUAACAGGCUUCAUGUUUGUUUUUUUGUUUUUAAUACUGAUGUAUGUUACUGUCAUUUAACUAGAUAACCACAUGACCAUGACAUAAGGAAAAAUGCUGACAUGUCUUUCUAUCCAGGGCUCUCUCAGCUCCUUCCUGUCCAGGAACACCAGUGACUGGACGACAACGCUGAACCUGGCCCUGUCUCUGUCUGAGGGACUGGCUUAUCUCCAUUCAGAUUUCUACAGGCAUGGUAUGUAUGGGCCAUCACCAUCAUCAUAGUUAGGAGCAAGCCCAUGUAACGCUUUGUAGGUUAGCAGUAAAACCUUGAAAGUCUGUGUGUGACUGAUGUCUGUGUUUGUGUUCUCAGGGGUGCACAAGCCAGCGGUGGCCCAUAGAGAUCUCAGCAGUAACAACGUAUUAGUGAGGGAGGAUGGUACCUGUGCCCUGUGUGACUUUGGCUGUUCCACCAUCCUGCGCUCAUGCUCCGGUCCACAGAGCUGGCAGCGCUACAUGGGCAACAUACAGGUGGGCCUGUCUUCCCCCCCAACCCCAACUCCCUUCUAGUCCUUUUGUAUCUUUCUCAGUUUAUUGAACAUAUAGAGAGAGUGACAGAGAUAGGACGGAUAGAGGUAGAAUCUAUCAAACCAGUGCUGGUAUGUGUGCUGGAGGCUGCGGCCCUAACAGCUUCACCAACCAGGCCACAAGCCUCUCAUUUUAAUAGUGACAUCAACAACCAUGUUUUUGAUAGGCAACUGCUGUUUCUACUCUCUAUAGGCCAGUGUCCAGGCAGCGAGAUGAUCACGUUGUUGUUGUUGUUGUUGAUCAUACAUCAUGUUGUUGUUGUUAUUGUUGUUGUAGUAGAUCAUACAUCAUGUUGUUGUUGUUGUAGUAGAUCAUACAUCAUGUUGUUGUUGUUGUAGUAGAUCAUACACCAUGUCGUUGUUGUUGUUGUUGUAGAUCAUACAUCAUGUUGUUGUUGUAGUAGAUCAUACACCAUGUCGUUGUUGUUGUUGUUGUAGAUCAUACAUCAUGUUGUUGUUGAUGUUGAAAAUGAUGUUGUUGUUGUAGUAGAUCAUACAUCAUGUUGUUGUUGUUGUAGUAGAUCAUACAUCAUGUUGUUGUUGUAGUAGAUCAUACAUCAUGUUGUUGUUGUUGUUGUUGUAGUAGUAGAUCAUACAUCAUGUUGUUGUUGUUGUAGUAGAUCAUUCAUCAUGUUGUUGUUGUUCAGUUUAGUUCAGCCUUUCUCCUCUCCAUCUAUAGGGCAGGGUCCAGGUGGGGACGUUGUGCUACAUGGCCCCUGAGCUCCUGGAUGGCUGCGUGAACCUGACCAGCGGCUGGUGUCUCAUACAGGGAGACGUCUACGCCUUAGGAAUGCUGCUCUGGGAGAUGUUGAUGCGCUGCUCAGACCUCUUUACAGGUAGGCUACAUAUCAAACCGGGGUUCAAAUAGUAUUUGAAAUAUUUCUUGAGCGUUUGCUUGAGCCUCCCUGGAGUGCCAGGUGGGCUGUGUUUCCACUUUUGGGACUAUGACAUCUCUUCCGUUGUAGUUAGUUAGUUACUUAGGUUUCACUGUUGGCUAGCCAGCGCAUAGAGUUGUGCCAGUAACCGAAAGGUCGCUGGUUCUAAUCCCUGAGCCGACUAGGUCAAAAAUCUGUCGAUGUGCCCUUAAGCAAGGCACUUAACCCUAAUUGCUCAUGUAAGUCGCUCUGGAUAAGAGCGUCUGCUAAAUGACUAAAAUGUAAAAUGUAAAUGUGAGAAUUGGUUCUGAGAUAAUUCAGUCUCUUAAGAGUUCUCAGUGUUCAUCAUAACCAUUGGGUUACCCUACGGCUAACCUAGCCUCGCUUGCGAAGUGCACUGCCCACAAAUGUUUGUCAGUGGGAGACUACACUAACCCCCUGCCUGUGUCUCCCCCUGCAGGCUGCCCAGUGCCAGAACACAGACUACCUUAUGUAGAGUUACAUCCCUAACCCAAACCAUAACCCUAACCUCUGUCUGUGGCCCCCUGCAGGCUGCACGGUGUCAGAUCACAGACUAUCUUAUGAAGAGUUACCUUGCCAACCCAAACCAUAACCAUAACCCUAACUCAAAUCUCUGUCUCUGUCUCCCUCUGCAGGCUGCCUGGUGUCAGAUCACAGACUGCCGUAUGAAGAAGAGCUAGGGGCCAGUCCUUCUUUAGAGCAGCUUAUCAUCCAUGUGUCUGAGAGAAGGGAACGUCCUUCAGUACCCAAACACUGGGAAAAGGUCGGCUAUUUCUCCAGGAACUAUUCAGUUUCAAGUAUUAGAGGGGUAACCUGUCUGACCUGACUGAGUUACUAGAAGACAGUAAACAAACACAUAAUUCCCCGGUUAUUACUUUCUAACUACUAUUGUGGUAUAAAGUAUUAGAGGUGAUGACUGUCUGUCCUGGUGUGACUUUCCCCAAAAACAUAAAGAUCAUCUUUUAGCACUAAGACCACCUAGAAAUAAUCACAAUUAGGUGAAGCACGUUACACUGUGUUUUUAGGAAACUGAUUAAAAUGUGUUGUCUGUUGCAGGGUUUGCGUGACGUUCUGUUGGACUGUUGGGACCAUGACUCAGACGCCAGACUGACAGCACAGUGUGCCAGGGACAGACUAAUGUCUCUACCCCCCUGCUGCUCCAUA